GCGGAUCACACACUGAUCACGCACCGACACUCUCUCCUCAUUGGCUAACGCUCAGCACACCUUUGUCGAUGAUUGGCUGGAGAUCAAACCACGCCCACACGGCCGCUGCUCGGUUUUCUGAAAUAAUUAUGUGAAUGAAUCUAAGCUCAAGAAACGGUGACAGUAUCAUAAUGAGACAUAGUUGUUCAGUCACAAUAAUAAACGAGAGAUAUAAUACAGCAUCAGUAUGUCAUCACUAUCUGAAAUUCGUGUGACAUGCACAGACAGGAGACAUUCAGAAGCUGUGGAGGCCCUGAUAUCCAUGAACAUUGACUGGGAGUCCGGGAAUGUCCAGAAGAGGGGAUUUCGGCCCUUGACACCUUCCUCUGAUGCCUGUGAGGAUUCAGUGUGUUCAGUCACUGCUGAUUUCCACCAGUCGUCCUUUGUGAGUGAGACAGAGGCCGUGUCGUGCAUGACUCCACCGUACAGUCCUGACUGUGACCAACACCAAGGGUCAGGGGUCACCAGAUCUCAAGCCAUCAGUGUGAUCCGCCACACGUCAGAUGCACUGAGUCAGAGCGCCAGUGACUCAGCAAUAAACCUCCAGCCUCUCAGAUCUGAUCCCCCAUCAGCCCCUGCUGCAGUGGUGUCCGAUUCUUCUUCUGGAAGCAUGCCAUCAGUUUCAGUCUUCCAGACGCUUCCACUCUCUCAAUCUUUUGCUGGUUCUGUAAACGUUUGUCAAGCCUCUGUGGUUUUUGUGGCCGGUCUGAUGACCAAAGGUUCAGUCAUGGUCAUCCUGCCCCCUAAACAAACACCUUCAUGUGGUUUGAAGUUUCCCGCCAUCGCUCCCGCUCCUCUCCACAACUCAUCCACAAACAGACCCGCAUCUGAAUCCACUCCGCCACGGACUCGCGACUAUGUCUGCACUCACCCGCACUGUGGGAAAACAUACUUCAAAAGCUCCCACCUGAAAGCACACCUGAGGACACACACAGGUGAGAAGCCGUUCAGGUGCUGCUGGGACGGCUGCUUGAGGCGCUUUGCCAGAUCUGAUGAACUUUCACGUCAUCGCCGCACACACACGGGAGAGAAGCGCUUCGCCUGCCCCGUAUGCCACAGUCGCUUCGUGCGCAGCGAUCACCUGGCAAAACACACACGCCGCCAUCUAACAGCCAAGAGAACGCCAGUGUGGCAGCAGGAGGUUUGCCAUCUUAACAACAUCACCAGUCUCUGUCGAACCCUGCAGCCUCUGGCUCCCAAGACUGACAGCUGACAGACCCAAACAAGGAGACGUCCUUGUGUAUCCAUCUUACUAUUUUUUUUUUUUUAAAUCGUUUAUUUUAUAUACACACACACACUACCAUUCAAAAGUUGGAAUAAUUACGAUUAUUUUUAUGCUUUUGAAAGAAGUUUCUUCUGCCCACCAAGGCUGCAUUUAUUUGUUCAAAAAUACAGUAGUACUGUGAAAUAUUCAUACAAUUUAAAAUACCGGUGUUUUCUAUGUGAAUAUAUUUUAAACUUAUUCCUGUGAUCAAAGCUGAAUUUUCAGCAUCAUUACUCCAGUCUUCAGUUUUACAUGAUCCUUCAGAAAUCACUCUAAUAUUCUUUAA